AUGAUCACCUGCGCCGGCUGUUCGGUCAAGGAGGCCUCGCGCCUCGAGUGCCCCAACUGCAAGAAGCUGGGCAUCAAUGGUAGCUUUUUCUGCGACCAGGACUGCUUCAAGUCCAACUGUGAGUUCUUGGGCAAGCACAAGAUGAUCCACAACAUCGUCAAGAUUGCGGCCGAGAGCGAGGAGAGCAAGAGCAGCACCAUCCCUGCCAACAUGCGCAACUAUGCGUUCACUGGUACCCUGCGUCCCGUCUACCCCCUGUCGGAGCGCCGUGUGGUGCCCUCCCACAUUCCCCGCCCAGACUACGCCGACCACCCCCAGGGCGCGUCUGCGUGUGAGGCCGUGCGCGAGCGCGGUGUCAAGAUUCUGAACAAGGAGGAGAUCGACGGCAUGCGCAGGGUGUGCCGCCUUGCUCGCGAGGUUCUGGACAUUGUCGCGUCGCACAUCAAGGUCGGCGUGACGACCGACGAGCUUGACCGCAUUUGUCACGAGGCGUGCAUUGAGCGCGACUCGUACCCUUCCCCGCUCAACUACGCCAAGUUCCCCAAGUCGAUCUGUACUUCGGUCAACGAGGUUAUCUGCCACGGUAUCCCCGACGCUCGUCCCCUGCAGGACGGCGACAUUGUCAACCUCGACGUGACUCUGUUCCACGGUGGUUUCCACGGCGACCUGAACGCCACCUACCCCGUCGGCAAGUGCGACCAAGAGUCGCUCGACCUCAUCGCUGCUACCAAGAAGUCGAUGGAGGAGGCCAUUGCCAUCUGCAAGCCUGGUGUCCCUUACCGCGAGAUCGGUAACAAGAUUGAGGAGAUUAUCAAGCCUCUCGGCUACUCGAUUGUCCGCAGGUACACUGGCCACGGUAUCCACAACCUCUUCCACUGCAACCCCAACAUUGUCCACUACGCCAACUCGAAGACCCCCGGUCGCAUGGAGGCUGGCCAGGUGUUCACUAUUGAGCCCAUGAUCAACAUGGGUACCGCCAACCUCGACCACUGGCGCGACGACUGGACUGCCGUCACCCUUGACGGCCAGCGUUCGGCCCAGUUUGAGGAGACCAUCCUCAUCACUGAGACUGGUGCCGAGAUGCUUACUCGCCCCUCGCCCAAGAAGAAGAACAAGAAGAAAAAGUCCAAGUCGGCUGCCAACGGUGCCGCUGCUGCCAACGCCGAGGACACCCCCGAGGGCACUCCCGAGACAGGUACUCCCAUCGCGACUGAUUAA